AUGGAUUGUGUAACUUUUAUUCACAGAAAUCUUGGAAUUAAAAGUUACAGAUUAAUAAAUACACCAACUCAUGUAUUAUUAAAAUCCAAUAGAUUCGAUUUAAUCUAUUACAAGAUGUUGAAAGAUACAACUUUUACAUUCAGUUCAAGUUAUUUUAGGGAUUUCAUCAGAAAAAACAAUGAUGUUAAACUAUUGGAAUUGGUUUAUCAGCGGUUUCCACAUUACUUUAUCAAUUCAGAUAACCAUAAGAUCACCGACAAUCAAAAGAAUCGUUUAGGCAACAACAACAACAACAACUCUAAAGAAACAGCUAAAACCUCUUACAGCUUAAUAGAUGAUGUAGUUCAAUCGGGUUCAAUUGCCAAUCUAUUGUUUCUAUUAUCCAAUCUACCUCCCAGUCAAACUCAUUGUACAACCGAUGCUAUGGAUCGCGCUGCUUUGGGUGGACAUAUUAGUAUCCUGAGUUAUCUCUUUGAGAAUCGAACAGAAGGUUGUUCCAAUAAUAUUUUAGAACCAGCUUGCUAUAAAGGUGGAACUAAAGUAGUUAGAUAUCUUUUGGAGACAAUGAAAGUUCCUUGUCCUUCUCAUCUCGCUGUUAUGAAUGCCGUUCGCUCUGGUAAUUUGGAAACGAUAAGAGUGGUUUUGGAACACUUCAAACCAAGUGUAUCGAAUCAAUAUCUAAAGACCUUGAUUCAUUUGGAUCCGGCAAUUGACCAUGGUAAUCUCGAGAUUAUAAAGAUGUUGCUAAUGAGAUUUCCGUUCAUUGAGAAACUAGGUUCAUCGAUGGUUCGUGCUGCCGAGCAUGGAUUCAUGGAGAUUGUAAUCUAUCUUCAUGAAAAUGGAUGGCCAUCUUCAUCGGCAGCCAUUGACUUUGCAGCUGGCAAUGGACACCUCGAUGUGGUAAAAUAUCUAUUCACCAAUAGAACCGAAGGUUGUACUAUCGUAGCGGUAAACAAAUCAGCAGGAAACGGUCAUCUCGAUGUAAUUCGCUAUCUGGUGGAAGAGAAGCAUCGAGAGGUCACCGAGGAAUCAGUAACGAAUGCCGCAAUCAAUGGUCACUAUGAAACACUACGUUAUAUGGCACCGAAACUUCAGAAUCAAGGAUCGAUGCAAGAAAGAGUAAGAUCGAUCUUCUCUGUGCCCGACCAGAAUAUCUACUAUCAGAUAUUGAACUCUGACAAUGUCGCAAUUCUAAGCGCGAUGCUUCCACGAGUUGCAAUGCCACAUGCAACUCACCGUAACAUUAUCGAGUUUGCCAAGCCGUUGACCUUUAGAUAUCUCUUUGAACACUCGUUGAGUACCGAACAAAUGUUGUCUUACUCAACGGCGAAGACAGCGGUCUUCAACAAUUGUAGAGAUAUACUUCAAACUAUCUACGAUCUUAAUCCCAAUGUGGUUAUCGCCAACAAAGUUGAAUUACUUGGUAUUGCCAUUGAAAAGAAUCACCUCGAGAUCAUCCAAUUCCUCCACGAGAACAAACUAAUUAUCCAACUGAUAAGCAAACAACAACUACUAGAUCUAGUAAAGUUUGACGCAAUAGAAACACUCAGAUAUCUAUUGGAACAAGGUAUAUUAGCGAAGCAUCCACGCUCUAGCUAUUUAAAAGAACAAUGUGUUGAACUCGACAAAUUAGAGAUACUGGGAAUACUCUACAAACAACAUGAUUACAGUAAAGGUGAGAAAUGGGUAACUGAAUCAAUGUUACUUCAUCCUCGAAUCUCUAUAAAUGUUCAACAAUUUCUAAAAGAAGUAGAAGAGAAAGAGAAUCUAAUAUUUAAAGAGAAUGUCAAACAAUAA